CACUCUCAGUCCUUUGCCCCACUUUGACCAAAUCCUCAAAUGUCUGCGAUUGUGAUUGGCGCGGGCGUCAACGGCCUAACGUGCGCAGUGCGCCUGCUGGAAGACGGCUGGAAGGUGACUGUGGUUGCCAAGAACUUCUCCCCAAGCACGACGAGCGAUGGCGCUGCUGGCUUUUGGUUUCCGUACUUUGCGCAGCCACUCGACAAGAUUGUUCGCUGGUCGAGCGAGACACUCUCGCGCUGGCAGUACCUCGCGACCCACGACUCCGCCGCAACGGGCUGCGAAUUCUCAGAAGGCUACAUCCUGUACGAGAAGGAGACACACGGACCAGAAGGACCGUAUUGGACCGUGUUUAACAUCCCGCAACGCAAGUUGACAAGCGCCGAGCUCCCAGCGGGCAUGUCCGAGGGUUGGUUGAUCACCGCCGUUGUAACCCAAACGCACAAGCAUUUGCUGUAUUUGCAAGAGCGCAUCAAGGCGCUGGGUGGAACAUUCGAGUGCAAAACGCUGUCUAGCGUGUACGACGUGGUUGGCCGAGGCGAUGUUGUGAUCAAUUGCGCUGGACUUGAGGCGUAUUCGCUCGUGCCCGACCCAAACGUCUAUCCCAUCCGAGGCCAAGUCACCUACCUCACGACGACACCAGAGUCUCCCGUCAACAAGUUUUACAUUGUCGAGGACCAAGUUGACAAUGUCACCUACAUUUUCCCUCGCCAAGACCGUAUCGUCAUUGGUGGCACCACACACAAAGGCCAAUGGGACACGCACGUUGACAUGAAGGUGGCUGCGGACAUUCGUCAUCGGUGUGCCCAGCUGGCUCCUGGCAUCAAUGACACCUCCAUGCACAAGGUGAUGGGGCAUUUUGUCGGGUUGCGUCCUGGACGCACUGAAGUUCGCCUCGAGAAGGAACUGAAAAACGGUUUCCCACUCAUCCACAACUAUGGACACGGAGGCUGCGGCUGGACUGUGAGCUACGGUUGUGCUGCUGAUGUUGUGGAGCUCGCUCGCCCGCACAAGCCUGGCCGCGCGCUUUCCAAGCUUUAACGAAACGGACGGAUGAGAUGCUCAGAUUUGCCUCACUGCUUGGUGUCCAGCUCGUGGGUGUCUUCCAGCAUCCAAUAUAAACCACGUUUGCAUUUGA